CUUCACAGAAGUCCAUGUUGUGUUUUUAUUUUUGUCGUGUUCACAACAAAAUUCUCGAGUUUAUCUUGUAAUGUGUUAUAUUUUACAAAAUUUUGAGUUAUGAAAUUCGCAUAUAAGUUCAGUAAUCUGCUUGGAUCGGUGUAUCGGAAAGGAAAACUCAUUUUCACUCCCGAUGGAAACUCCGUCAUCAGUCCUGUUGGCAACCGCAUCACCAUUUUUGACCUAAAGAACAACAAAUCUCAAACACUAUCUCUGGAAAGUGAAUAUAGUUACUGCGCACUGGAUCUUUCCCCCAAUGGGUGCAUACUAGUAGCCGUAAACGAGGUUGGUGAUGCUCAAAUGAUAAGCAUGAUUUCUCACACGGUGAUACAUCGGUACAAGUUCAAGAGUGAGGUCAAACAUCUCCGAUUCAGUCCGGACGGUAAAUUUUUUGCGGCGUGCGUAGGCAACGCCGUGCUUGUAUUCCGAGCGCCCGGCGAAUUGAGUGGAACCUACAACUCAUUUGUGGUACAACGGGCUUUCGAAAUAGCUUACGAUGAAACAGUUUUCAUCGAUUGGGCAUGCAACUCAAAGAUUCUUGCCGUAGGAUCUAAAGACAAUUCCGUUAGAGUCCAGGGUGUAGAGUAUUUGAAUAAUUUUCGUCCGUUCAUUCUGGGUGGCCAUAGAGAUUCGAUCGUGGGUUGCUUUUUCGAGGAAAAAACACUGGAUGUGAAUACAGUUAGUAAGGAUGGUCUGCUGAUGCUAUGGGAAUGCAGCACCGAUGUGGAUGAUAUUUCGGUUGGAUAUAAAAAAGUAGGAAAAGAAGAGCCGGCAUUCAAAAAACCACGCGAGAGUGACGAUGAACAAGAAGAUGAUGUAAUUGCUGAUCACGAUUUUGAAAAAUCGGACAAAGAAAAACAUACUAGCAUUGAGCAUAUUCAAGGUGAAUUCAAUAAAGAUGAAGCCCGUGACGGCUUGGGUAGAGUGGUUUUGAAGAAACCCAAGCAGCAUUUCACUUACAAACGAUUAGCUCGUCACUACCUAGCGGAUGAAGCACGCAAAGAAAAUCCGAAAGCAAUCGUUACGGCAACUGCAUAUCACAAACAGCUGAAAAUUUUGAUUACAGCGUACUCCAGUGGAGUAUUUUACCUUCAUGAGCUUCCGGAUGUAACAAUGAUUCAUUCGCUAAGUAUAUCCGACUUUCGAAUAGAAACUGUUACGUUUAAUAACACUGGCGAUUGGUUAGCUCUUGGUGUUCCGGAAGUUGGUCAAUUAUUGGUUUGGGAAUGGCAGAGCGAGCAGUAUGUUAUGAAGCAGCAGGGUCACUCGACUGGAUUGAAUUGUGUUACGUAUUCUCCCGAUGGGCAGCUAUUGGCGACUGGUGGUUUGGACGGGAAGGUCAAACUGUGGAACAUUAAUAACGGAUUUUGCUUCGUUACAUUCAGCGAACAUUCCAGUUCGGUAAGUUCUGUAGAAUUCAGUGGGAAUAAAAAGUUUUUCGUGAGUGCUUCGCUCGAUGGAACUGUGCGGGCUUACGACAUUGUGAGAUACAGAAACUUUCGCACAUUUACCUCACCUGAACCGGUGCAAUUCGCUUCAGUUGCCGUGGAUCAAUCAGGUGAACUGGUAGCCGCUGGAGGUCAGGACGUAUUUGAAGUCUUUCUAUGGUCGAUGAAACUUGGCAGAUUGCUGGAGGUACUCAGUGGACAUGAGGGUCCGGUUGUAACUUUAGCUUUCUCUCCUGUUGCCACAUCGUCAACGAUGGUAUCCGGUUCUUGGGAUAAAUCAAUUCGUGUUUGGGACUGCCUAGAAUCGUCUGGUGCUCACGAAAACAUCGAUGUUGGUUCGGACGUCGUUUGUGUGGCGUUCAGACCAAACGGAGAAGAGGUGGCCGUUUCAUCAUUGAACGGUCAGAUCACAGUAUUUCAUGUAAAAACAGCCCAGCAAGUGGCUUCCAUUGAAGGAAGGAAUGAUAUGGGCGGUAGUGUGACGAAUACUGAUCUGAACACAGCCGAAAAAAAUCUUCAGGGAAGGGCUUUCACAUCCAUUUGUUAUUCAGCUGAUGGAGAAUGUAUCCUUGCUGGGGGCAAGUCGAAGUACGUUUGCAUUUACAACGUACAAGAAGCGAUUCUAUUGAAAAAAUUUCAAAUCACUCAAAAUCGAAGUCUAGAUGGAAUUUAUGAAUUCUUGAACCGAAGAAACAUAACCGAAUUCGGAAACAUUGCCCUGAUAGAAGAACGAGAACAACUGGAGGGUGGUAACGUAUCUAUCAAACUACCUGGAGUAAAGCGUGGUGAUCUGGCUGCGCGAAAUAUCAAACCCGAAGUUAAUGUUUUUGCGGUUCGCUUCUCGCCAAAUGGUCAAUCAUGGGCGGCAGCCUCCACCGAAGGUCUCCUGAUGUAUUCACUUAACAAAGGAAUUGUGUUCGAUCCGUACCAGCUCUCGGUUGAAAUAACACCCAAAGCUACUCGUGAGCUACUGAAAAAUCAGGAGUACUCUGCUGCGUUGAUUAUGGCCUUAAAACUCAAUGAGAACAAUCUAAUCCAUGAGAUUAUAGAGCAGAUUCCUCACAUCGAUGCGGAGUUGAUCAUUCAAUCGCUACCGGAUGAAUUUGCACAUCGUAGCUUAAAGUUUGUAGCCAAAAUGGUCGCCUCUAGUCCUCAUGUUGAGUUUUAUCUCCGGUGGUCCAAUUUACUGUUGACUCGAUUGGGACAACGUGAGAAUGUCCUCACCCAACAGACGCUGGUGUUACUUCAUCAGAAUCUUAAUCGGAAAUACGAGGCACUGAAUAAAAUUUGUGAUUUCAACAAGUACACAAUUCAAGUGCUGAAAAAUAUCAACGUAACGAACGAAGUUGACGGUGAAAAUUUUGAAGAAGGAACCCGAAACGGAGAAGCACUGGAAAACGCUGACUAUAGUGACUUAAUGUUAAUCGAUCAAAGUAUGUCAAUGAAUGGACAGCAUACUGAUGACGAUUCUGAAUAAAAAAUAUUUUAUCGGAAGCAAAA